AUUGGUCAGUUUUAUUUUGAGCUUCGAGGUGCCAGUUACAAAUAAUGGGAAUGCUAGAUAGUUGCGCGUGAACGUUAUUAGCUCAUUGAAUGUGAAUUGGCUGACACACUGAGAAGCCUUAUAGGCCUUUUUCGCAUCAGGACGUACGCGAAGUCCCAACGCGCCAGUCUAACAAUGGAUUCCAACGUUGUCGACAUGUCCCGUCAUGUGUCGGCGGACUUUCAAAAGACUGGACACGAGCUGGUGAGCCUGUGGAAGGAAAUAGGCAUCUCUGAGGAUGAAAUCAUCGACCGCCUCAACAAGCUCAGAGACCAUCUGCGGCGGCUCCUGGGCGACAGCCUCGCGGGGGAGGUGGAAAUGCGGGACCGCCUCCUCAAGAACAUCGAGGAGUAUGACUCCGAACUCGCCGUGCUGACGCGCGAGCUUCAAAUCGAUGCAGCGAAGCCAGACAAGACCCUGUCCAUUCUGGAGAGGGAGGAGCUCCUACGUGGCCAGGUGCACGAGUUAACAACCCUGAAGGUGUCGCGGCGGAGGAAGCUGAAGGGCCUGCGGGCGCAGGAGCGCCACCUGUGCACCCGCCUGGCAAUGCCCCCGCACCAGCUGGACACCAGGGUGCCCUCUGAGAGCGAACUGCACGAGCUGGAGAUGCACGUGCAGAUGCUGAAGCAGGAACAGGAUCGGCGGGAAACAAAGUACCACAACCUGCGUGCCGAGGUGCUUGCACUCGUGGAGGAACUCUCGGCGGCUCCCGAAGGUUCCUUCCAGGAGAAGGUCGUAGACAGCGAUCCUGCCAGCUUCGGGCUCUCGACGAGUAGCCUAGCUGCUGUGGCAGCCUACCUGGACGAGCUCAAGUCCCUGCAUGCCGCACGGGUCGCCGAGUGCACGCAGCUGCGACAGAGCAUCUCGGAGUUCUGGAACCGGCUGGAGGUUCCCCAGGACCAGCAGGAAGCCUUCACCUCGAAGCACACCGGUCUGGGGGAUGACGUCGUUGCUGCGCUCAAGAGCGAAGUGGCCCGCUGCGAGGUGUUGAAGCGGGAGCGCCUUCAGGAGUUCAUUCAGAAGGUCAUCGCGGAGCUCCUCGAGAUGUACACAAAGUGUGGCGUUCCGGAGCGCAAGGCUCGCCUCGAAGGAGCUUGUGAAGCCGAAGCUUGCACCGAGGAGCAUCUGAAGUCCCUCGAGGCGGAGUUGACCGCUGCCAAGAGGUUCUACGACCAGAACACUGCCAUCCUGGAGAAAGUGGAGCGCCGCGAGGUUCUCUGGGGCCGCCUCCUCGAGUUUGAGAGCAAGGCGAGGGAUCCGGGGCGCUUCAACAACCGCGGAGGAGGGCUGCUGCUCGAAGAGCGGGAGCGCAAGCGGCUCGAGAAAGAGCUGCCCCGGCUGGGCCGGGAGAUACUGGAACACAUUGAGGCGCACGAGGCCGAUGGCUCCAGCCUCUUCCUGGAGUGGAGUGCCGCCUUCAAGGAGCACCUGGAUGCCCAAUACGCCAGCUACCAGGAGGACAAGGAGAAUGAGCGCCUGGCCAGGGAAGCGCGUCGCAAUAUGUCGGGGUCCUCUAGGAGCGCCAAGAGGGGAAUCUCCCCCGCAGCCCACCCGUCCAAGAUGGCCCGCACGGCCACGGCCAGCGCAUCCUUGGCCAGCCUUCGGCCGGGCACUUCUGCCUUGGCCUCGCCCCGGUCUGCCAUGAAGAGGGGCAAGGUCAUCUCGGCACGCCGGAGGUCUAUCAGGAGGGCAGCCAAGGAGACUCCAAGUGGGGCCUCUUCUACGGCGAGACGCCAGCCUGGGGACAGCACCUUCUCCACCUCUGCUGCUAGCCUGGUUUCCUACAGAGGCUUCACGGCGACCCUGCGAGACCCAAACAAGGUCUUAACCAGCAGUGUGCUGGAGGGCCCUGCGGCAGACAAAUAGCCCGCUCUCAAAAUCUCUUGUCUGUUUUCGUCCCUCCCGGGUCACCCAUCUGCUCAGGCGGGGCUCAACUCGGAAAAGAGGCGCCCUUCGACGCGAAGCACACUGCUGCCCUUCACCGAGCCCUGGAAGUCGUCUUUCAAGUGUGAACGCACCCUGUCUGUGGCCAAGGCCGGACGACGCCUCCAGUUCUGAUCGCUGGCAUUGGAAGAUUUUUUUAUACUUAUCCUAUUUUUGCAAGACAGGACAUUGAUGGUUUUUCUCAAUAUUUUAGAAAUACCUUUGAUUUUAAAGUCUUGCUGAUGGUGCAUUUUUUUUUUUCUUUAGCAAGACUUACUCUUUAAGCACCAUUUUAUUGAACAAUUUUUUUUUUUAAUUGACAAUUUUGAAAGAAGUGACCAGGGUCAUGUGACACCAUAUCGGUUUACCAUUAAAGUCCUGCCGAUUGUGCUUAAGUUGUUUUUUAUCCUUAAUGAAACAGAGCAAUCUUUAGUUUAUUUGAUGCAGUCCUUUUUUUUUUUUUUCUCUAACCUGCGCUUUAACUUUUUCGGAUUUUAAUACGUUGCAGAUGUCUUUAUUCUUGUUUUUUAGCGAGAGCCAACCUGCGGGCACCAAUAUUUUGGCAAAGGAAACAUUUAAAAAAAAUUGACCAGGGUCAUGCGCCAGCUAUAGUCUUGAUGAUUGUGCUUGGGUUGUCCUACUCCUCUUUGAAAGAGCAAGAGUUAGGUGGCCUUAGUUUAUUUGGAACAGUUUCCAUUUUUUAUGUGCAUGUAUAUGUUUAUGGUUUAACUUUUAUUGCCACGAUCAACUUAUUGCUGGUUAAUGUCGUCUAACAGUAUAGUCGGUUACAGGUUAGGAAAAGUUUUCGAGGAAAAGGAAGGCUGAGGAGGAGGAAGCAGAUUGAAUACUGGAGAGAGGUUUCCUUCCUCUUCAGCAUUCCGUUUUGCUUCCUCCUCCCCAGCCCUCCUUUUCCUCGAAUACUUUUCUUAAUCUGUUUUGUUAUGGCAUUUAUAUUUAUUUCGUGAACUACGAAAGACAGUUUCAUUUGUGCAAAAUGCUCUUCCACCAGUGAUGUUUUGAGUGUUUCCAUCAGGUAGUUUGUGUUUGUUCCAUACUGUAUGCAUUUAAAGCGAGCGACUUUCGGUUUAUGCGUGGAGACCGGCAUGUACUUGGUUCCUGUGGCAACUUUUUUAUCGACUUUUAUGGGCCAGAGAUUUGAUUCUGUACAUUCUGUAAAUUUCUCUGCAAUAAAGUAAUUACAUGGCUUGUUUUGCCACCCA